AUGGGAAAAAGUAGUUUUGCUAGGGCACUGAGCAAUUCGGCUCCGACAAUCUCCAAGGCAGUCAUAGAUGAUGCCUUGAUGCUGCAAAACUCAGAUAAUCCGACGAUGCUUCUCGUCUCUGUUCAAUUAAAUGGAAUCAAUUACCGAGGAUGGAGUAGGGCGAUGAGGAUCGCUCUCGGUGCGAAGAACAAGCUUGCAUUCGUGGAAGGGAAAAUUGACGCGCCUGAGGACAGAUCUGAAGAAUACGAGAAAUGGAGACGAUGUGACUAUAUGGUGACAUCGUGGAUCCUCAAUUCCAUUUCGAAGGACCUCAUCGGAAGCUUCCUCUAUGCCACCACCGCCCGAGAAUUCAAAUUGAAGCAACUGUGGGAUGAAUUGGCAAACAUUGUCUCUCUCCCUCUAUGCAUCUGCGGAUCAGAGAAGCUUGCAACAGAGAUUCACAAUGCGGACCAUCUCAUGCAAUUUCUGAUGGGGCUCAACGAUACCUUUGAUCAAGUUCAUCCAUUACCAACGGUGAACAAAGCUUUUUCGAUAGUUCUACGGGUAGAGUCUCAAAAAAAAGUUCAAUCCAACCUCACAGAACAUGGUAAGGUAGCUGCUUUGGCCAUCCGAUCUCAAGGCAGCAGACGAGACUACAAGAAAUACGACAUAAGGAAGGGCCAUUGUGACUACUGUAAUUUGGAUGGACAUACACGAGCUGGAUGCUUCAAAUUGAUCGGAUAUCUGGAGUGGUUUAAGAGCAAAAACAAGCAAUUCAACAAUCCAGGGACGUUCAAGCCAAGAUACACUGCUCACAUCUCACAUACUCAAGGUCACAGUGUAGAAUCUACCUCAGAAACACCGUUGGCAAGUGCUGGACCGAUCGCCUCCAAUGAAUUAAGCAAGAUAGAAGAAGUCAAUACAAAGCUGGAGCUACUGCGACAGGAGAUGACCAUAUUGGUUAAAGGGAAAACGGUUGCCUCAAUAAACACAGUUAGUUCGCAUCCAGCCUACUGUCACAAUCCGACCAACUAUACUGGUAACAGAUUCAGCUCUUUCAGUCCGACUGAUUGUUCUGGUAGUAGCUCUUUCAACUCUUUCACUCAUAAAAUUUCUUCAGUAUUCGCUUGUUGUGCUAUGGUAACUGGAUCAGAAGCAUGGAUAAUUGAUACUGGUGCAUCGGAUCAUAUCACACCAUAUAAGAAUCAUAUGAAAUCUAUGUGUUCUGUUACUGCUCCAAUAACUAUAUAUUUGCCGAAUAGCUCUUCCACACAAGUCACACACAUUGGAAAUGUUGCAUUAAACACACAUAUGAAGUUAAUUGAUGUCCUCCUUGUUCCUGAUUUUAAUAUGAAUCUUCUGUAA